AUGGCCUGGGGGACGGUGGUCCACGUGGCCCCGGGCCAGCCCACCCACGCCGUGUGUGUGCUGGGCACCGAGACGCAGCUGGACGUCUACGGCUCUGCCCCCAAGGGCUACACAUCCUUCAGCAUCACUGCCUCCCCAGGAGUGGUCGUGGAGGUCGCCCACAGGCCUCCAGCCAAGAAGAGUCCCACAGGCUCGUCCCAGUGGCCCCUGGAGCCCGGGCUGGACGUGAGCCUGAAGCUGAGAGCGGCCAGCGAGAGCACCGGCGACCAGAAGGUGCAGAUCUCAUACCAUGGACCCGCGCCCACCCCGGUGGAAGCCCUGCUCUACCUCACAGGGGUCGAAAUCUCCUUGAGUGCAGACAUCAGCCGCACCGGCAAAAUGAAGCCCGUGGGAAGCGUGAAGGACCAGAGGGCCUGGACCUGGGGCCCCCGUGGGCAGGGCGCCAUCCUGCUGGUGAACUGUGACAAAGACAACCCCAACUCUUCCGCCGUGGACUACAAGGACGACCAGCUUGACGGCAACGACCUGAAGGACCUGUCCCUGGUGACUCUGAGCACCAAGACCCCCACGGACUUUUUCAGCAAGCACCAGCUGGUGCUGCACGUGGCCAAAUCUGAGAUGGACAAAGUCAGGGUGUUUCAGGACAAUGGCGGCCGGCAGCCUUCCCGGUACAGCGCGGUCCUGGGGCCAGAGUGCCCGUCUCACGCGCUGGAGCUCCCGGGCGGCAGGCGCAGCACGCACUUCUACGUGGAGGGCCUGGCCUUCCCCGACGCCAGCUUCCCCGGGCUCGUUUCCCUCCACCUCUCCCUACUGGACACGUCCAACCCGGAGCUCCCCCAAAGCCUGCUUUUCCAGGACAGCUUGGUGUUCCGUGUGGCCCCCUGGAUCAUGACCCCCAACACCCAGCCCCCGAAGGAGGUGUACGUGUGCAGGUUAUUUGAAAACGAGGACUUCCUGACGUCACUGACCGCACUGGCCAAGAAAGCCAAGUGCAAGCUGACUGUCUGUGCGCAGGAGGAGAGCGUGGACGACCGGUGGAUGCAGGACGAGAUGGAGAUCGGCUACACGCAAGCCCCGCACAGGACGCUGCCCGUGGUCUUUGACUCCCCGAGGAACAGAGGCCUGAAGAACUUCCCCAUCAAGUGCAUGCUGGGCCCAGACUUUGGCUACGUGACGCGCGGGCCCCAGACGGGCGGUGUGACUGACCUCGACUCCUUUGGGAACCUGGAAGUGAGCCCCCCGGUGACGGUCAGGGGGAAGGCGUACCCGCUGGGCAGGAUUCUCAUUGGGGACAGCGGUUACCCCAGCAAGGAGAGCCAGGAGAUGCACCGGGCCCUCCAGGACUUCCUGGGGGCCCAGCAGGUGCAGGCCCCGGUGAGACUCUACUCGGACUGGCUGUCUGUGGGCCACGUGGACGAGUUCCUGAGCUUCAUUCCGGUGCAGAAGAAGGGCUUCCGGCUUCUCCUGGCCAGCCCCAGGUCCUGCUACAGACUGUUCCAGGAGCAGCUGAAGGAGGGCCACGGGGAGGUCCUGCUGUUCCAAGGGGUCAAGAAAAAAAACCAGCAGAAAAUAAAGGACAUUCUGUCUGACAAGAAGCUGAGAGAACACAAUUCCUACGUGGAGAAAUGCAUCGACUGGAACCGGACGGUGCUGAAGAGGGAGCUGGGCCUGACGGAGCGGGACAUUGUGGACAUCCCCCAGCUCUUCAAGCUCAUCAGAGACUCGCGAGGGACCGCCAAGGCCGAAGCCUUUUUCCCAAACAUGGUGAACAUGCUGGUGCUGGGUAAGCACCUGGGCAUCCCCAAGCCCUUCGGGCCCGUCAUCAACGGCCGCUGCUGCCUGGAGGAGAAGGUGCGGUCCCUGCUGGAGCCGCUGGGCCUGCACUGCACCUUCAUUGACGACUACUACGCCUACCACGUUCGGCAAGGGAACGUGCACUGUGGCACCAACGUGCGCCGGCAGCCCUUCUCCUUCAAGUGGUGGCACAUGGAGCCCUGAGCCGGCCUCCCUCGGGGGCUCCUGGCCUGGACGCCGGCUUAGCUACGUGAAUAAUGUUGGUGCUUUGUCUCUGUUACAUCAAUUUACUUCUCAUGUUUAGCUGUUCUAUACUCAUGAAGGGCUUUAAAGCAAUGUUCUUGUAUUUUCAACAAUGAGCUUGAUUUUUACUAUAUGACUAUCUUAGAAGGUUGAUCCCAGGGUGAUGAUCUGACCUCCUGUGACUCACCAAAGCGUUAGAGAUGGGACAGCAUCUUCCCACAGCUGUGAUUUCUCAGUUCUAAGGACGGUCAGUUCUUAGUCAACUGGCCCAUCAGCUGAUGCCUCUUCUCUCCUAGAGGAGAAUCUUGUUUCUGCCAGAUUUAAUUACCAAAAAAACACCCCAGCACACACCUGG